CACCGCUCUCUCUCUUCUUCGGAGUCGGCCAGCGCGCAGCGCAGGCAGUAAAGCGAGUCGCAUCGGGCGAGUCGACGAGUCGCGCGUGGUCGCGGGACGAAGUAGUAGUAGAAGCGGCCGAGAAAGAAAGAGAAAGAGAGAGGGAGAGACAGAGAAGCAGCAGUAUCGACAGCAAUAGCAGCGGCAGUGGCGACGGCGACGACGGCGGCGGCGACGGCGACGGUGACGACGACGACGACGACGACGACGACGACGACAACGACGACGACAACGAUAACGACGACGACGACGACGACGACAACGACGACGACGACGACGACGACGACGACGACGACGACGACGACGACGAGUGACAACAACGAUAGUAACAGCGACAGCAGCAUCAUCGUCAUCGACAUCGGCAUCGGCGGCUCGCGGUACACCGUAUGCGCGUCCCUGCUCAGUGCGUCGCCGUCGGCCAUUGUCUCUGACAUGGAAGCCUACCAAAAUGGCAGAGGUCGUGCAGAUGUUUUUGUUCCUAUAUAAGUCCAAGUACCGUCGGAAAGGACAGUGGCGGCUGUUCCGUCGCGACGAGGUCGCGGUGCGCCGAGAUUGCCGGCAGCGACGGCUGUGGUGCCAUGGCGCGAUCGCGCUACCAUGGCCGUUACUGUGGGCGGCACUGGUCUGCUGCUGGGUGGUGCACGUAAGCGCCGCCGCUUCCACUUCCUCGUCGUCGCCGACCGCGGACACGAGCUGCGACGCCGACAGCUGCCUGAACGGCGACUGUGUCAAUGGCACCUGCGUGUGCCGCGAGGGAUGGCAGGGCGCGCACUGCCAAUUCUGCGGCGGGAAAGUCAAAUUAUUGGGGAAUAGCGGGAACAUCCACGACGGCUUCGGCAACUACACGGCGGACGUGAAGUGCUCCUGGCUGAUCAGCAGCGAGUCCAAGUCCAAGAUACGCAUGCACGUGGAGCAGUUCGCGACGGAAUGCGGCUGGGACCAUCUGUACAUCUACGACGGUGACAGCAUCGAGGCGCCGUUGCUGGCUGUGUUUUCCGGGUUGAUGCACAAGGACGGCUAUCACAUACGCCGUGUGCCGGAAGUAAUAGCGCGAUCCGGCAGCGCGCUGCUGCACUUUUACUCCGACGUCGCGUACAACAUGAGCGGCUUCAACAUUACGUAUAAAAUCAAUGCUUGCCCGAGCAGGUACUCCCACAUCGACUGUUCCGGAAACGGCGUCUGCAUAGAAGGCACAUGCACCUGCGACGCCACGUGGACCGGUGAGGCCUGCGACAUCCAGGUAUGUCCCAACAAUUGUUCGUACUACCACGGCCAGGGCGAGUGCGAUCGCGAGAGUCAUCACUGCAACUGCUUCAACGGGUACAAAGGUGCGGAUUGCAGUCAAAAGGGCGAUCGUGGAUUUUGGGAGAAUAUUAUGUAUAAGGACCUGCCGGAUGGCUCGUCCAGUCACUGUUCCAUCGUCUGGAAGGACUCGCUGUAUGUGGUCGGCGGCGAGAGUUUUCAUCGUGCCAAGAUGAUCUAUGUUUAUGAUUACAACGGCAACGUCUGGGAGACGCCUCACGUGGAGGGUAAAGUGCCGUUGCCGCGUUAUGCGCACUCGUGCGUGCUUUUCGGCGACAAGAUAUUCAUGUACGGCGGUGUCGUGCAGAACUCUACUGUGACUAAUGAAAUCUGGGCGUUCGACGUGUCCGCGAAGGUCUGGGAGAAUGUCACCGUGCACGACAACUGCCACAACAAGACGAUAUGCGGCCCUCUGAAGGUAGCCGGGCACACCGCGACUCUCGUGCAGAAUCAUGGCAAGAAGGAGAAGAUGGUUGUGAUAUUCGGCUAUUCGCCCCAGUAUGGUUACUUAAACACCGUCCAAGAGUACUACUUGGGUACGCGGGAGUGGCAGAUCGUUAAAACGACCGGCUUUCCGGUGAAGGGUGGCUAUGGGCACAGCGCCGCAUACGAUCCUCUCACGAAUCUCAUAUACGUGUACGGCGGCUACGUAUCGGAGUCGCAGAGCACGCAGGUGCUGACCAGCCGGCUGUACUCUUACCAUCCGAAUUUCCACGAGUGGCGGUUGCUCACGUCGGCGCCGUCGGCGCGGUUCUUCCAUACUGCCGCCUUCGUUUCCGGUGGACUCAUGCUGGUGUUCGGCGGCAACAUGCACAACGACACGCAUCACUCGCAUGGUGCACGAUGCUAUUCGUCCGAUACGUUGGGUUAUGACGUCACGUGCGAUGCUUGGCAUCAGUACACCAUGCCCAGAGACAUGAAUGAUCUGCCGCGCUACGGCCAUAGUGCGACCGUCUUCGAGAAAUCGAUGUAUAUCUUCGGCGGCUUCAACGGCGAAAUGCUGUCUGAUAUGCUGAGGUAUACACCGGGUAACUGCGAGCAUAUCACGAACCAGUAUCAGUGCCUGAAUGCCCGGAUAGGUGUGAAAUGCGUGUGGCACAAGCGGGACGGUCGUUGCUUGCAGAUCACGAAGAUACCGCAGCAUGUGCUCAAUCAUAAAGAGUACGACGAUCACGACGGCGUUUACAUGAGAUGUCUGGACGAGAUGCCUCCACGUGGCAUGACGUCUCAUGAGGAGCUCUGCAAGCUUUUCACAGACUGCGUCGCCUGCGUGCAGACCUCAUAUAACUGCGUAUGGUGCGGCAAGAGCUGCUCACACGAGAAAUGCCGGGAUCAUCCCAACGCACCGGCUUCACGACUCGUCAUCAAGGAUCUGGACCAAUGCGAUGCGAACACCGGCAUCGAGUGCCUACAACUGCACACAUGUCAUGCCUGUUCUAGCAAUCCGCGUUGUAUAUGGUCAUGGUCCAACGGGCCUGACCGUUGCAAGCCGCAGUCGAAGACUCGAGAGGUGAGCGUGUUGAACGGCACGAUCCUGGCGCAACGACUGACCAUGGAGAGAUGCCGUAGUCCGUGCGUGGAGUACACGUCGUGUCGAAAUUGCACCGAGUCUGAUUGCAUCUGGUGCCAGAACGAAGCCAAGUGCGUGGACAAGAAUGCAUAUCCGGCCAGCUUCCCGUACGGACAAUGUCGCGAGUGGACCACGAUAGAUGCCCGAUGUCGCGCCACGGAGACCGGCAGGGAAUGGUGCAGCUUCUAUUCGUCGUGUUCUACUUGUCGAGCGGACCCCGGCUGCGGCUGGUGCGACGACGGCUCCGAGACCGGCAAAGGACUGUGCCUACCUGGCGGAGCCGGCGGCCCCAGCAGCAGGAGUCUCAACACGUGCCCGAGAGAUAAUUGGUACUUCACGAAUUGUCCGACUUGCCAAUGCAACGGUCACAGCAAGUGUCUUCCAAACAGCAGCGUAUGCAUUCAGCCGUGCGGCAAUUUGACCUACGGGCCACACUGCGACAAGUGUAUUCCCGGUUAUUAUGGUAGUCCACUUAACGGAGCGACUUGUCAGCCUUGCUCCUGCAACAAUCAAGGCACGCAGUGCACGAGCGAAACGGGCAAGUGUUUCUGCACGACCAAGGGCAUUAUCGGCGACCAUUGCGAGCGUUGCGACGUGUCCGGUCUUUAUCACGGUGAUCCUACGAACAAAGGAUCUUGUUUUUAUGACUUGGCCAUUGAUUAUCAGUUCACGUUCAAUCUGAGCAAGAAGGAGGAUCGCCACUAUCGGGCGAUCAACUUCAAGAACUCACCGCCAAAGGCCGACAUCGACGCCGAGUUCUCCAUCACGUGCUCCGUGCUCGCCAAGAUGAACGUCACCAUCAAGAAGGUGAACAGCCCGGAGAAGCCGGUGCUGUUAGGGGCAAACUGCACGACGACUAUGUACAAGCACCGCUUCAGCAAGGCGGAUUACAACUUCGGCGGCGAGGAUAACAAUACCCUCACCACGUUCUACGUGUACAUGUAUGACUUCCAGCCGCCGCUGUGGAUCCAGAUCUCGUUCUCGCAAUAUUCCAAGCUGAAUCUGCAGCAGUUUUUCAUUACAUUCUGCACGUGCUUCCUCGCUCUGCUGCUGGUAGCUGCCAUUCUCUGGAAGAUUAAGCAGAAGUACGACAUGUAUCGGAGAAGACAACGACUCUUCCUAGAGAUGGAGCAGAUGGCCAGCAGGGCGUUCAGUCAAGUUCUCGUAGAGAUCGAGAGGCGCGACAUCGAGAGUUCAGACUCGGAAUGCGGUGAUGCUGAUUUGAUUAAUUGCCGUAAGAAGAAGAAGGCUGCUCCUAGUCCGAUCGCAUUGGAGCCCUGUUGUGGUAACAGAGCGGCGGUCCUGUCUCUGCUAGUCAGAUUACCGACUGGCGGUGAGCCUUACACGCCAGCUGGGCAAAGUGCUGGUCUAGCCGUAGCCUCCGCUCUAGUCACGCUCGGUAGCCCGCGCAGACCGUCUCAGGAGUUGACAAUGAAGGAACAGAAGAAGACGAGAAAGUCCGUCAGUCAGCAUCCAGACUCUACUUGCAUUUAGCGGUAAACCCGACGAGUGUCGAUGUGCGAGAGAGAGAGAGAGAGAGAGAGAGAGAGAGAGAGAGAGAGAGAGAGAGAGAGAGAGAGAGAGAGAGAGAGAGAGAGAGAGAGAGAGAGAAGAGCGGAGUGUCGAUGUAGGCGCCGGCGUAUAUAUCGCGGCCGAGGUGCGACUACGAUGAGCCUUAGAGUUGUUCUGUGAUCUUGGCCGCGUUUAAACACGGCGGAACGGUCGAUUCUUUUCAUCUUCAAAUUCUCCCGACGGAGUGAAGAGGAAAUGUGAACGACGACCAUCACGACGAAGAGGACGAGGACCGCGCGAAGCUCCGCUCAUCGACGCGCGACUGAUCGGUGAAUCGAACUGUUCGGCUAGCUUGACCGCGAUUAAUCGAGGAGCGACUCGGCUAAACGUUUAUCGCUAGGUAGACACACAUAUACAUACAUACAUACAUACAUACAUAUAUACAUACACGCGACUUUCCCUAUCGAGUAAAAGGAAACGCCUUCUCGCCGAGGAGCAGGUCCGAACCGCUCCGACCGGCUACUACGUCCGUUAAUCACGGUAAGUAAGACUUUCUGUUCGGCCGUUGUGUAAUGAGGAAGGUCGUCGUAUUCGUGCUCAGAGGACGCCCAAAUUGUCACUCAGCUGAGCCCCUUUGAGUCCCACCUCGAUUUAAAUUAACUAUGUACAGUGUUGUGUAUAUAGGUGGUUUAGACGCAAUCCACGUUUUCCUCGAAGAAGCCGCGACGUGUGUCGGUCGUGCGGACAAAACUGGCCUCGUGCAUAUUCGGAGAAGCUUUCAUCCGCUGCCCCUACCGGAAAAUUACGAAUGUAGAGGGAUUUUUUUCGAGUAGUCGCCGUGCUGUGAAAAUUGAAACUUCCGAGAUAUUAAAAGCAACGUUUUUAAAUCUAGGAGGAGCUAUCGACGUCUGGCUUGAAGAGCCUGUUUUUCGGAAAAUUAUGAAUCUCAUGUUGCAUUCUACCUAUAAUUUAUCCUCUUAGCUAUCGGCACGAAAGCCCAACGGAAACAAAAGUAGUAGUCGUUCGUAAUUUUAACGCGCACGCGCGUGGCAGAUGAAAGCUUGUAAAAUGCCAUAAGAGUUGUUAAGAGAGAACCCGUUAACGUUACUAAACGUGAUUGAAUACGAAGAAGUACAACGCUUCGACGUAAGCUGUAAAUAAGCUGUAUUUUUGCCGGACUCGAACGAGAAGAGUGCGCAGGACCGUUGAAAUUAGCGAAGAUCAAAAGACUCGCGAUACACUGUCGAGCCAAGGCCAGGGCGAUAUGAGAGCUGAAAGGAAGCGAUUUGAUCAGCGGGGAUCAAGCGGAGCAGAUUGUUGCGCUUUGUACAGAGACGUGUGAUUCGAUUGGUGUGUACGACAAAGACUGUUUCACUGUUUCACGCGUUCCGUUUGUAGCAGAUACAUGUGUGUGUAAGGUUCAUAUUCUAAAAAAAAAAAAAAAGAAAAAAGGAGAAAAAACAAAAAUCGGUUGAAUCGGUGAGCAGGGAGAUAACAGAAUCGCAGCCGAUGCGAAUUCAGUAGAGAUGUGGUACAGACACGGCGUGUUCGACCUCGCGCGCGAGUCCCGCGUUAGGAUAUUGUGCCAAAUCUGCAUUUCCUUUUCAUCUUUUUUCCUUCUUCGCUAAAAACGCGAGUCAUUUUGUGCGAAGCGAGUUCCGGCGACUCGCACACUCGCGUGAUAAAAUCGUCAGAAUCGGCCGAACGAGCGAGCGCUCUCUCACCAAGUUCGUUACCACUGUUCACUCUUGCCGCUGUAGCCGCGGCCCGUCGCACGAUCGGAAGAUCUGCAGGAUCGAAUAUUAACGGCGUAAUUUGCGAGGAGGAAAUUCGAUCGAUCUUGUCGUCGAUCGUGCUCGAUCAUUGUUUAGUCUUAUCGAACGAAAGGGGAACGUAUACAAAGACUGAUUCUCGUUAUCCGUCUAGACGGUUAGAUUUCAGUAAUAUUUUUUUCUCUUUUUUUUUUUUAAUUAGAACGAUUAAGAUGUGACGGUGAAUAUUUCAAUGCGAAAACAUUGGGGAAUCUUUUGACAGAACGAUUGACUGACUCAUGUCUGAGUCGUGUAGACGGAUAGUGAAGAAUCAGCCUUAAUGCGAAUGGUGCAAUAAAUAGUCUCCUUUGAGGAUUCUUUUCUCUUCAAGGGAACGGAAUGACGACGCUGAUUUUCUUCGUCUUUAUUUUCUUAUUCUAUGUUGCAUGACUGUUCGUUCGAGCAUUUAACCGACGCAUUUACGGAAUUCGCAUGCUACUCUACACGCCUGUAAUUGAUUGACAAUUCAUUCCGUUUGCGUUGAAUUAUUUUUAUCUUUUUGUACUUGUAUCGCGAAAACUGAUUAAAUUAUAUUUACUAUUCGA